AAGCCGCUCGCUUCUGUAAAAGAUUGUGUGUGUGUGUCAAAAAAAUUGUGCAUAAAAUUUCCGCAGAUUUUAACGUGUUUUAAUAAUAUAUUUUUAAAAAAUCUUUAUUAAAUCUCUCGCUAUGGCAUCUGAGGAAGAAAACGAAGAAACUUUUCAGGAAGAGGAAGAACCAUUAGACGAAUCUGCCCAAGUAGCUGAACUAUCGAAUGAUUCUGAUGCACCGUUAAAGCCCAAUAACGAUGAGGACGACGAUUAUGAUCCAGAAGAUACGCGUAAAAAGAAGAAAGGCAAAAAAAGGAAGACAAAAAAGGGUGAGGAAAAGGGUCGCAAGAAAAAGAAACGUAAGAGAAACGAAAGUGAAGAUGACAGCGAUUUCCUUCAACAUGAUGACGAUGCUGACUAUACCACUACUUCGUCCUCUUCAAAACGAGGCCGUAAACGGAAAGAUGUGGAGAAGUCAAACAAAGAAAAAGAAUCGUCGUCAUCAGGCAUGCCGUCAGUGGAAGACGUUUGUUCCGCCCUAAAUGUAGUAGAUGUAGACAUUGAUUUCACCGAAACUGAUUUGCAGAAUUUAACUACAUAUAAAGCAUUUGCUCAACACGUUCGCCCAAUUUUACAAAAAGAGAAUCCGAAAAUUCCAGCACCUAAGGUAAUGAUGCUGGUGGCAGCUAAAUGGCGUGAGUUUUCCGACGCCCAUCCCAAUUUAUUGACUGAACAGCAACAACAAGUACGCGAGGAUCUCGAUGAACCAAGAUCCUCACGUUCGUCUCGAAAUGAAAAGCCCGAUGAUUUGUACGAGGAAGAAGAGGAAGAAGACGAUGAAGAAGAGGAAAAGGAAAUGUCGAGAGGACGUCGCAAGCGCGGUGGCCGUGGACCAGGCAAGAAGGGUCGUCGUUCCUCGGGCAAAGUGCCCACUUUAAAAAUAAAAUUCGGUAAACGUAAGCGAGGUAGUUCGGAUGACGAUCAAGAUGUCAGCGGUGCUUCUGAAAGGGAUUCGGAUUUAGAAUUUGAAAAAAUGCUUCAAAAAUCAGAUGACAGUACCGAUGAAAAAGAUAUACCCAGUAUUUCUACGGUGGCAGCAAGUAAUUCAGCAAAUGCGGGCGAAGGAAGUGCAGUUGUCGCAGGAACAUCUGGUAGCGUAGGUGAGGAUGGAGCUCCUGUCGUAAAGAAAAAGGCCAAGACCAAAAUUGGUAAUAAAUUUAAAAAGAAGAAAAAACUUAAAACUACUAACCGUUUUCCUGAUGGUGAGGAGGGCGAACAUGAGCAUCAGGAUUAUUGCGAAGUAUGCCAACAGGGAGGCGAGAUAAUUUUGUGCGACACCUGCCCUAGAGCGUACCAUUUGGUAUGUUUGGAGCCAGAGUUGGAUGAAGCUCCCGAGGGCAAAUGGUCUUGUCCACAUUGCGAAGCUGAUGGCGGCGCUGCUGAAGAAGAUGAUGACGAUGAACAUCAAGAAUUUUGCCGAGUAUGUAAAGAUGGUGGUGAAUUGCUUUGCUGCGAUUCGUGUCCAUCGGCAUACCAUACAUUCUGUCUGAAUCCACCUUUGGAUACCAUACCCGAUGGCGAUUGGAAAUGUCCACGCUGCAGUUGUCCUCCACUAACGGGUAAGGCUGAAAAAAUUAUCACUUGGCGUUGGGCUGAAUCAACAGAGUCCUCAACUUCAAAAAAACCAAAGAUGAGAAUGCGCGAAUAUUUUGUGAAAUGGCACAACAUGUCCUAUUGGCAUUGUGAAUGGAUUUCUGAAGUGCAAAUGGAUGUUCAUCACCCGUUAAUGAUUCGUUCUUUCCAACGCAAAUAUGAUAUGGAAGAACCUCCGAAAUUUGAAGAAACUUUGGAUGAGGCUGAUUCUCGUUAUCAACGCAUACAACGCCAUAAGGCAAAAGGCGGUAUCCAAGGUGACGAUGAAGAUGAACAGUAUAAAAAGGAUUUGGAGGAACGUUUUUAUCGCAAUGGGGUCAAGCCGGAAUGGUUGAUAGUCCAAAGAGUUAUUAAUCAUCGCACAGCUAGAGAUGGUACUACUAUGUAUUUGGUUAAGUGGCGCGACUUACCUUACGACAAAUCCACCUGGGAAGAUGAAACCGACGAUAUACCGGGUUUAAAACAAGCUGUGGAUUACUAUCUGGAUUUGAGAGCUGUGUGCACUUCUGAAGCUCGUUUAGGUAAGAAAAAGAAAGGUCGUAAAAGCAAAGUCAAAGAGCUGGAAGAUGAAGAGCGUCCAGUAAGACGUUAUACUCCUCCGCCCGAGAAGCCUACUACGGAUUUAAAAAAGAAAUACGAAGGUCAGCCACCUUUCUUGGAGGGUACAGGCAUGCAAUUGCAUCCAUAUCAAAUUGAUGGUAUUAACUGGUUACGUUACUCUUGGGGCAACGCGGUGGACACUAUUUUGGCUGACGAAAUGGGUUUAGGUAAAACCAUACAAACAGUUACCUUUCUGUAUUCUUUAUAUAAGGAAGGCCAUUGCAAAGGUCCUUUCCUAGUGGCAGUACCAUUGUCAACUAUAAUUAAUUGGGAACGUGAAUUUGAGCUUUGGGCUCCCGAUUUUUAUUGCAUUACUUAUGUUGGCGAUAAAGAUUCGCGUGCUGUCAUCAGAGAAAAUGAGCUUUCGUUUGAAGAGGGUGCGAUCCGUGGCGGCAAGGCGUCUCGUUUGCGUACCAAUCAAUACAAAUUUAAUGUUCUCCUUACCAGCUAUGAACUAAUCUCAAUGGACGCAGCCUGUUUGGGCUCUAUAGAUUGGGCUGUGUUGGUUGUUGACGAAGCCCAUCGCUUAAAGUCAAAUCAAAGUAAAUUCUUCCGUAUCUUAAAUAGUUAUAAUAUCGCUUACAAAUUACUCCUAACUGGUACUCCGUUACAAAACAAUCUCGAAGAACUGUUUCACUUGCUGAACUUUUUAAACAAGGAGAAAUUCAAUGAUUUGAAUGCCUUCCAAAACGAAUUCGCUGACGUUUCUAAAGAAGAACAAGUAAAACGAUUACAUGAGAUGUUGGGUCCUCAUAUGUUACGACGGUUGAAAACGGACGUUCUAAAAAAUAUGCCAUCAAAAUCGGAAUUUAUUGUUCGCGUAGAGUUAUCUACUUUGCAGAAGAAAUUUUAUAAAUUCAUUCUGACUAAAAAUUACGAGGCUUUGAAUUCUAAAAGCGGAGGAAACUCGUGCUCACUGAUUAAUGUCAUGAUGGAUUUGAAGAAGUGCUGUAAUCAUCCAUAUUUGUUCCCCUCGGCCGCUGAAGAAGCUCCCACUACUGCCGGUGGUUUAUAUGAAGUAUCAUCACUAACUAAGGCGGCGGGGAAAUUAGUAUUGUUAGCGAAAAUGCUAAAACAACUUAAAGAGCAGGGUCAUCGUGUGUUAAUUUUCUCCCAAAUGACAAAAAUGUUGGAUAUAUUGGAAGACUUUUUAGAAGGUGAAGGUUACAAAUACGAACGCAUCGAUGGUGGUAUUACCGGUGGUUUGCGUCAAGAGGCUAUCGAUCGCUUUAAUGCUCCGGGAGCUCAACAGUUUGUCUUUCUACUGAGUACACGGGCCGGUGGUUUGGGUAUUAAUUUGGCAACUGCUGACACUGUAAUAAUUUAUGAUUCCGAUUGGAAUCCUCACAAUGAUAUUCAGGCAUUUUCACGGGCCCAUCGUAUUGGUCAAGCAAACAAGGUUAUGAUUUAUCGCUUUGUUACGAGGAAUUCGGUUGAAGAGCGAGUCACACAGGUGGCUAAACGCAAAAUGAUGUUAACGCAUCUUGUAGUACGCCCUGGCAUGGGUGGAAAAGGAGCGAAUUUUACUAAACAAGAAUUGGACGAUAUUUUGCGUUUUGGUACUGAGGAGCUUUUUAAAGAGGAUGAUAAAGAGGAAGCCAUUCAUUAUGAUGACAAGGCAGUAGCUGAACUUCUGGAUCGCUCCAACAGGGGUAUUGAAGAGAAAGAGUCGUGGGCUAAUGAAUACUUAUCCUCUUUUAAAGUGGCUUCGUAUGCCACCAAAGAAGAAGAUGAGGAAGAAGAAACAGAAAUUAUAAAACAAGAGGCAGAAAAUUCAGAUCCUGCUUAUUGGGUGAAGCUGUUGCGACAUCAUUACGAACAGCAUCAAGAGGAUGUGGCUCGUACCUUGGGCAAAGGCAAACGUGUGCGCAAGCAAGUUAACUACACUGAUGGAGGUGUAGUCCCGGCUGACACAGCGAGAGAUGAUAGCAAUUGGCAAGAUAAUGCUUCCGAAUAUAAUUCUGAUUACUCGGCAGGCUCCGAUGAAGAUGGCGGUGAUGACGACUUUGAUGAGCAGAAUGGUGGGGAAGGACGUAAGGCAAAACGACGCAUAGAGCGCCGAGAUGAUCGUCCUUUACCACCGCUUUUGGCUAGAGUUGGCGGUAACAUAGAGGUGUUAGGUUUUAAUGCUCGUCAACGCAAGAGUUUCUUAAACGCUAUUAUGCGUUACGGUAUGCCACCGCAAGAUGCUUUCAAUUCGCAGUGGUUAGUGCGAGAUCUGCGUGGAAAAUCCGAACGGAAUUUCAAAGCUUAUGUUUCUCUCUUCAUGCGGCAUUUGUGCGAACCAGGAGCUGACAAUGCUGAAACUUUCGCAGACGGUGUGCCUAGAGAAGGACUUUCUCGACAGCACGUUCUUACCCGUGUCGGUGUUAUGUCAUUGAUUCGCAAAAAAGUACAAGAGUUUGAGCAUAUUAAUGGCUAUUAUAGUAUGCCAGAGUUGAUUUUAAAGCCUUGCGAACCCGUAAAACCAGGAGUACCAAAAACCGAAGAUACUGAUGGAGACCCAAACGUGAUAAAGGCGGAAGAUAAGAGUGCUACAACUAGCACUAGUGCCACACCCGCCACAAGUGCCGCCCCGAGUCCAGCCCCAGCGUCUGAGAAAGCGGACGACAAAACAAGUUGCGUUGGCGAAAAGGAAAAUAUUAAAAAAGAAUCUGAGGCUGAAGAUAGAAAGUCUAUUGGCGAAGAAACAAAGAAAGAAGAUAAACCUAAUAUGACCGAGACCUCCGAAUUAGCCGACAAGAACAAAGAAACAGCUGAUUCAGCUACAAAUGCUAAAGAAAUUAAAGAGGAGAAAUCUGAGCAGGACAAGAGUGAAAUUAAAAAGGAGGAUGAACAUGAACCAGAUAAAGAAGAUAAGCCAAAAGAUGAUAAAGAAGAUUCGUCCAUCAAUAAAGACACUAAAUCCAAUGACGAAUCUAGACCGAAAGCAGAACCCACUAAAACUGAAAUCAUCGAUGACGAUGACGACGAUGUAUUAAUAAUUAAGGAUGAUGGAGAAGUUGAAAAACCUGGUACAUCAUCCGCCAAAGUUACCACUUAUGAAGCUAUUGCUAGUGGCUCUAAUCAACAAAAUAAUAAUAAACCGAAAAUUGAAGAAAGCUUAGAAGUUCUAAAACGAAAGUUUAUGUUUAAUAUUGCCGAUGGUGGUUUCACCGAACUGCAUACACUAUGGCUAAAUGAAGAAAAAGCAGCCGUGCCCGGCCGCGAAUAUGAAAUCUGGCACCGUCGCCACGACUAUUGGUUAUUGGCCGGGAUAGUAACACAUGGUUAUGGACGUUGGCAGGACAUACAGAACGAUAUUCGGUUUGCGAUUAUAAACGAGCCUUUCAAGAUGGAUGUGGGCAAAGGCAAUUUUUUGGAAAUAAAAAAUAAAUUUUUAGCUAGACGUUUUAAAUUGCUUGAACAGUCGUUGGUGAUUGAAGAACAAUUACGUCGAGCGGCAUUCCUUAAUUUGUCUCAAGAUCCUACGCAUCCAGCUAUGUCUUUAAAUGCUCGUUUCGCUGAAGUAGAAUGCUUAGCCGAGUCGCACCAGCAUUUGAGCAAGGAGUCGUUGGCAGGCAAUAAGCCCGCCAAUGCCGUCUUGCAUAAAGUACUCAAUCAGCUAGAGGAACUGCUUUCAGAUAUGAAAAGCGAUGUAUCACGUUUACCUGCCACUUUGGCGCGCAGUCCUCCGGUGGCGCAACGUUUGCAAAUGUCCGAACGUUCCAUAUUAUCACGCUUAGCUGCUACUGCCGGCAAUAAUAGUAAUGCGGCCCAAUUGAUGCCCCAGUUCCCAACUGGAUUUCAGGGUGCAACUUUACCGGGCUUUGCGGCCGGUCCCGCUGGCAACUUUGCCAAUUUUCGACCACAAUUUUCCGUACCCGGUCAAUUAUCAAAUAACGUUACUGGCAACAAUACAGGAAAUUAAUUUUUUCACUUUUUUCUUUAAAAUUAAUUUAGCGCAGACAACAAUAAACAUAACUUAUAGCAUUUUUUUUUAUUUUUUAUUUUUUUUUUUAUCGAAUUGGUUUCAUCGAGUUCUUUCAUCUUUCAAACAUUGUAAAUCAUUAUUUUGCAUAAACUGUGUAAUUUUAUUCUCUAUUUACAAGUUUUCCAAAUUUUCCAUUU